CCUUUCCCUGUGGCCGUCCCUCCAGUUUUCUCCUGUGUUGGGUCUUGGCUGAAUGCUUUAUACAACUACGGUACCUUUAAGGACGCUGACGUAACCAUUUGCUGGAUCGUGAUAGGCUUAUUGAGUUCCGCUUGCCCGGCUUGAGCAAACAGCAUGGCGGAGGAACUGUGGAAUAAAGUAAACAUUCCUUUUCCAAGUGCUGCUUCUUCUGUAAAAAUAAAUCCAAGAAUCUUAGAAGAUGCUGAUAUUAGAUGGCUGCUGAAGAAAAACGACACGGUCCUUGGUUUGCUCAAAAGCCACAUUCUUCAAACGGAGAUCCGAGUUCUUUAUGAGCUGCUGUUCACUUGUAAAAACAACCAUGGGACAAACCUGACGUUUCGGGCUUUAAAGCAGGUUGAACAGUGUAUCAACAGACUGAAGGAGAUGAAGCUUGAUGCCGCCCUCCUAAAUCUUGCAGACUGUUGUGCAAGCAGGUUUAAAAGCAAGAUCUACCCCGCAGCGGCUUCGUGUGUUAGCUCAUGUCCCAGUCAGCCCAUGCUGGAGUGGGUCUCUCUCAAGGUCCUGGGAGCUGCCCGGCUAUUGGCCUGCGUAAUGGAUUACUGCAGCAGAUCAUUCACCCGUGCAAGGCAGCAGCUUAAACAGGACGAAUUUAUAGUCCUAAGUGUGGUAAUCACCGGCAUGGUUAGUCGUCUAUGGGUGUAUUUCAGGGCCAUGGUCGUUGCCCUGGUUCCACUGUAUGGACACAUUCAGAUUCUGCUUGCGACGGUGUCCCAGGCACAGCCCAUGCCCUUCCUCACUGGCUACCACCUGCCAACCGACCUGACGCAGUUCAUUGGGCCAUCAUGGUCCUCACUGAUAACCACAAGCUUCAAAUCGGAUUGGCUCCUCAAUACGCUCGCUCCCUCAAACCCCGGCCUCCCCCCCACCGACAUGAAUAGUUACGAUGUGGGCGUGGCACUCCAAAGAGUUCAUGACGUAGACAGUGAUCAAAAUCCUUCAAUCAAGAUCUUCAAAAAUGUUAGACGGGAUCCCAUGCCAUCUUCCUUUUCAUGGAAGAGUGAGCAGGGAGAACAGGAAAGGGUUUUCCUUGCACAGGUCCGAUCAGCUGCUACUUGUAAAGAUUUGGCCACCCACCUGAAGGAGAUGAUUGCAUGGUGUGUAUCUCAGAAACGGAAACGGGAGAAACCGUAUUUCUCGUUCCUGCAUCUUAAGUGCAGAAGGUUGGAGCGCCUUGAAUUGGCAGGAAACAGUUUGCCGAGGAAGAUGCGGCGUCUCAAAGGCGAGGUCUGCUGGGUUCUAUCCCCCUCGGACCCGCUCCCUGUAUCCUGCCACUCGCUCAGCACCUUAUGGAAAAGGACCCAUCCCAAGAACCGCUUCCAGCCGAUCAGGUCUCGAUUACGGACCACGGGAGCUCGUGUUAAGGUUGGUGCCCAGAGGGAACCGCAGCUGGUGAGGCGACGACCAAAGCAGGGAAGAAGGACUUGCAACACAACCAACGUGUCUGCCUCCAGUGGGCAAGAUGAAAUAGAUGACAUAUUUUCUUCAUUGGAUUUUUGAAUGCAUUAUUGGGUUUACAUACCUCACAAAUCUUUUUGUGGUUAAAGGAGACCCCAACUUUAAAUAUCAAAACCAAAUGGACUCCUACAGCUUGUUUGCCACAAUCUGUAAGGAUAUUAGGCAAGCUUUUUAUCUACUUGCUGCCAGGAUCAUCUAGGCUUGAAUGACGGUAAAUCUGGCUGAAGAACAUAGAGUUUGGAUGUGCUUAUUUUGUGCCGACUCCAAUUGCAUGCAUGCUGCAUCAGAACUGUCUGCAAUUUCUGGAUAAAGUGUUUCCAACAAGGCUUCUCCAAAUUAGGAAAAAUUAUGGCCGAAGAUAAUUGCGUAAAAAUAAAUAAAAGGUUUCUAGCCAAACUUAGUUGAUUACGUCCUUGUCCUCAAGUCAGCUGUGAGCUUGCUCUCUGACAAUUUAAGAAGAUUUGAACUCCCUGAUUAGUCCACAUUAAUACCUUUAUGGUAACAAAGAAAAAACUGAUUUUAUCAGUACUGGAUUUAUCCACUGAGUAGACAAAGAACAAUAUGGCCUUAGUGUUUGAAAGGUAAUGCUCAAAAUCAAAAACCUGGCACACCAGUAUUUGGAUUAGGUGUCUGCUUUUAAUGACGUAUUUUAAGGUUCCUUCAUUAUCGAAUGCCUUUACUGCUAUGAUGUCAAAAUGUAAUUGUUAAAGUUAUAAUGGAAUUUAUCAGUAAGUGCUCAGGAUCCAGUGAGAUAUAGAUACAAAAUUGCAAUAUUGAAAGAGGUUGACAUAUCAUCAUGGUACUGUGUCUGCACGGCUCACCCAUAUUUUUGUUGUAUCUAGCCAGAAGCAGAAAUUUCCAUUUUCAUUUGUAUUGAAAGUACCAAUGGUAUAUUAAAUGGUGACCUGUAA